GUUCAAAACACACAAACGUUGGCUUUUGCUUUUUCCCCUUUUUCUUUAUUCUUUCUCUCAACGAAACAAAACUAACGUCGUUGGUGUCUCUCUCCUCUCUCUCUCCCUCUCUCUAUCCUCUCGGAGCUUCGUUUGUAUUAUUCCCUCCAUGAAAAAGUUCCUCAAAAAACCCUCCCACCUACAAAAGACGAAAUUUUGAUCGAGUCCCAUUAGUCGCCAUUGUCUCUUGAAGCUUGAAGCUUGUAGAGAGAGGAAGACUGAGGGUAGUUUGAGCACAGAGGAGAGAAAAAAAAAAAGAAGAGAAAAAGAGAGAUAUAAUCGUGUGUUGAUUUUGGUACGAAAUUAAUGUUUAGAAGGAGCAAUAUUGCGGCCAGAUUAUUCGAGCGGCAGAUUUGCAGCCCUGCUCCUGGAACUAGUUUCCACUGUGCUAGACGAUUUUACGAGAACAUAGUCCCAAACCACACGAUAUUUGAUGUCGAGUGCCCAGACAUUCUUUUCCGAAAGUUCAGUGAGGAUGGGCAGUACCUUAUAACCUUCAGCCGGAAUAAUCAGGAUCUCAUUGUUUACCGACCAAAUUGGCUCUCCUUUUCAUGCAGAGAACAAGAAUGCGAAUAUAAUCAUGACCUCCCUCUUAAAGCCAAUAAAUUCGAGAGUUAUUUCAUCAAAUUGUAUUCUCUCAAUCUUGCUUCUACUGGUGAGCUCAUAUGCAAGGAUUUCUUCCUUUACGCCGACAAAUUCAAGUUUGGAUUGUUUGCAACUUCGACUGCGCAAAUUUUGGAUGCGCCAGCUGUUGGGGGUGCGAUUCCAGGAGUCCCGUCAAUCGAGAAAAUAACUUUUCACCUCGUGAGAUUGGAGGAUGGAGUUGUACUCGACCAAAGGGUUUUCCGCAAUGAUUAUAUCAGUUUGGCGCAUUCAGUGGGUGCUUACUUGUACGAUGACUUAAUCGCUAUAGUUUCUUUACGUUUUCAAAGAAUACACAUUCUCCAAAUAAGAGAAUCGGGUAACCUUGUUGAUGUGCGGUCGAUUGGAGAAUACUGCCGUGAAGAUGACGAGCUUUUCUUGAAUUCUAGUGCUCAGGCAAGUGUCAGGAAUAGGACGGAUAUUGUUGAGGAUGGUUUUCAUAAUCAGCACCAGCCUAUUUCAGAAGCUCUUUUCUUGGGUGGUUUAAAGCAGCGACUGCUUUCCUUCAUAUUUCGUGGGAUGUGGAAUGAAGAAGAGGAUCCAGCACUCAGAAUGCAAUGCCUGAAGAAAAAGUUUUAUUUCCAUUUCCAGGAUUAUGCUGAUUUGGGUAUAUGGAAGGUGCAAUUCUUAGACCGCCAUCACCUAUUGAUCAAGUUUGGCAGUAUUGAUGGUGGAAUAUUUGAAAUCGGCAUUUUAAGUAUUUAUGUGCCAUCACUUGUUUUAUGUGUUUCUUCCCCUGUGCUUCAGGUGGGGCGAAGUACGGACAAUAAUCCUGCAUUCUUUGCUGUAUACAAUAUGGAGACAACGCAAAUUAUUUCGUUUUAUCAGAGUUCAGCUGAGGAGCUUUAUGCAUUGUUUGAGCUGUUCUGUGACCAUUUCCAUACAUCUUCAAAGAGUUUGUUUUACAUGAAUUUUUUAUCGACUCAUUCGAACAACAUCCAUGCCCUCGAGCAGUUAAGAAGCAAUAAAAACAAAACUACCAGCUUCAUGCAGUUUGUGAAGAAGAUGUUAUCUGUUUUGCCUAUGAAUUGUCAGUCUCAGAGUCCAUCACCGUAUUUCGAUCACUCCCUCUUUCGAUAUGAUGAAAAGUUGAUUUCGGCAACCGAUCGACACAGGCAGUCGACUGAUCACCCCAUCAAAUUCAUUUUGAGGAGGCAUCCAAAUACUCUAAAAUUCAAGAUCCAUCCAGGACCUGAAUCCGGUGGUGUUGACACCCGAGCGAAAAAGAUAUCUUCAUUUCUUUUCCACCCGAUUUUGCCGCUAGCGAUUUCUGUACAACAGACCGUGUAUUUGCAUCCGGCAGUUUGCAGGGCAAUCGCAGUCAGGAAUAGUACGGAUAUUGUUGAGGAUGGUUUUCAUAAUCAGCACCAGCCUAUUUCAGAAGCUCUUUUCUUGGGUGGUUUAAAGCAGCGAUUGCUUUCCUUCAUAUUUCGUGGGACGUGGAAUGAAGAGGAGGAUCUAGCACUCAGUUCGGCUGAGGAGCUUUAUGCAUUAUUUGAGCUGUUCUGUGACCAUUUCCAUACAUCUUCAAAGAGUUUGUUUUACAUGAAUUUUUUAUCUACUCAUUCGAACAACAUCCAUGCCCUCGAGCAGUUAAGAAGCAAUAAAAACAAAACUACUAAAGGAAAAUGCAUGAAGGAC